GAAAAAUCCCCUUAUCGACGCCCCAACAAAAUGGAAGCAGAAACAAUAAAAAAUAAAAAACAAUUUGAAACUAAAAUAAAAAAUGUUAAAAAUUAUUCCCCAAAGGAAUCAAUAUUCUCUCGAUUAUCGCAUGUUUUGGGUGUUAUUUUAAUUCUUUUAUUUGUUGGAUUACCCAAAGAUUUGUGGAGGUGGUUGCGAUUAAGGCGUAAAUGUGUACGGGGGAAGACUGUUGUUAUUACUGGUGGAGCUUCGGGAAUUGGCAAACGCUUAGCUGAGUUAUUCUCAGAACCUGACAAGUUGGGUGCUCAGGUUGCUAUAAUUGAUAGAAAUUUGAAAGGAGCAGAACAAGUAGCUCAAGAAAUAAAUAAACUUGGGGGUGUAGCAGAAGCUUGGGAGUGUGAUAUUUCUGAUGAGGAUUCAAUGAAAGCAUGUGUAAAAGAAAUUAAUGAAAAAUUUGGUUCUGUGGAUAUUGUAAUAUGUAAUGCAGCAAUUCUUUAUUUUGCUUUAACAAAUAAACUUAAAAGUGAAGAAAUUAAAACAGCUUUUAAUGUUAAUGUUAUUGGGACAAUUAAUUUAAGUUUUUAUUAA